GUGAUCGUGACCGACAUGAACAGACCUCACCUCCGGUUUUACUUCCCCUGCAACAACUGGCUGAGCAAGGAGGAUGGGGAUGGACUGUAUGUCAGAGACCUCAUUGGCAGCCUGAAUCCCAUGGAUGUGCCCAAAAUCAACAAAUACGUGGUCCGGGUUUUUACUGGUGAAGUCAGCGGCAGUGGAACAGAUGCAGAUGUCUUCAUUAAUAUCUUCGGUGAGAAAGGAGACACAGGUGUGAGGAAACUGGACAAUGACAAAGACAACUUUGAAAAAGGAGCAGAAGACAAGUUCACUCUCGAUGCUCCAAAUCUGGGAAAGUUAAGAAAAAUUAAUAUCGGGCAUAAUAACAAGGGUGGCUCCGCUGGCUGGUUCCUUGCAAAGGUGAUCAUUGAGGACAUUGGCAAUAAAUGUGUGUACCAGUUCCCAGUUGGACGCUGGUUUGCUUUAGACGAAGAUGACGGGAAAAUACAGAGGGACAUUCUUGUUGGGGGCACUGAAGCCACAGGCAUUGUGUACAAUGUGGCUGUAGUGACAGGAGAUAUCAGAGGAGCCGGCACCAACUCCAAGAUCCACGUAAUUCUCCACGGCUCCAAAGGCUUAAAGAACAGUGGGAAGAUUUUCUUGGAAGGGGGUGAAUUUGAACGUGCCAGGACAGAUCUCUUCAAUGUGGAGAUAGCUGCCCUUCUCAGCCCUCUCAGUAGAGUCACCAUUGGGCAUGAUAAUUGUGGUGUCAGCUCUGGCUGGUUUUGUGAGAAGGUGGUGGUUUACUGCCCGUUCACUGGGAUUGAGCAAACCUUCCCAUGUGGGAAGUGGCUGGAUGAAGAUGAAGGGGACGGUCUCAUAGAGCGGGAACUCUACGAAAUGGUGUCCCUACGCCAGAAAAGGCUGAAAAAAAACCCCUGGUCUCUGUGGAUCUGGACAAGUGACAUUAAAAAUGCAGGAACAGAUGCCACCAUCUUCUUCCAGAUUUAUGGAGACAAAGGGAAGUCAGAUGAGAUGAAGCUAGACAACAAUUCAGACAACUUUGAAACUGGACAGACUGACAAAUUCAUGAUAGAGCUUCCUGAUCUCGGCACCUUUUAUAAGCUUCGGAUAUGGCACGAGAAAAGAAAUCCCUUUGCUGGCUGGCAUCUGAAUAAGGUAACUCUGCUGAAAACGCUGACAAAAGAAAAAUACUCAUUCAACUGCGGCCGCUGGCUAGAUAUAAAUGAAGAGGACAAUGAGAUCGUGCGGGAACUCCCCGCCGAGGGAUCUCUGGUGACUGAAGUCAUGCCAGUGAUCAAGUACCGCGUGACGGUGUGCACGGGCACGGUGAGCGGGAGUGGCACGGACGCCAACGUCUUCGUCUGCCUCAUCGGCGACCAGGGGGACACGGGCGAGCGCGUCCUCUACAACUGCAUCAACACCGUCAAUAAAUUUGAGAAAGGCAACGCUGAUGAAUUCUUCAUUGAAGCAGUAACGCUGAAGCAGGUGAGGAGGGUGAGGAUAGGGCAUGAUGGCAAAGGAGGAAGCAGUGGCUGGUACCUUGCCAAAGUGAUAGUAAGGGAAGAAGGACAGCCAGAAAGUGAGGCUGUGGAAUUCCCCUGCUACAGAUGGCUUGACAAAAAUGAGGACGAUGGUCAGAUUGUCCGAGAAUUAGUGCCUGCUGGGGAGUCACCAUUGCUAAAAAAUGUCAGUUAUCACAUCAGUGUGAAGACAGGAGAUAUCCCUGGUGCCAGCUCAGAUUCCAAAGUUUUCAUCAAACUCUACGGUGAAAAAGCAGACUCCAGCAAAGAGCCUCUCUUAGUCUCUGAUAAUGAUCUAGGCAAUUAUUUUGAACGUGGUCGAGUGGAUGAGUUUACUCUAGAUAUGAUGGAUAUUGGAAAGAUCAACCGAAUCCUGAUUGGGCACGAUAACGUGGGUCUGCGGUCCGGCUGGUUCCUGGCCAGUGUCCAGAUCACAGUUCCAGUCCAGGGAAAGCAGUACAUGUUCCCCUGCAACCGAUGGCUUGACAAGGAUGAGGCUGAUGGCAGGGUGGAGGUGGAGGUCUACCCAAGUGAGAUUUUGCCUACUGAGAAAUUGAUAAACUAUGAGGUGUCUGUAGUUACUGGAGACGUGCGAGCUGCAGGCACCAACGCCAAAGUCUUCAUGCAGAUUUAUGGUGAGACUGGCAAAACAGAAUUGAUCAUCUUAGAAAACAGAUCCAACAACUUUGAAAGGGGAGCCACAGAUAUCUUCAAGAGAGAGGCUGCAGAUGUUGGCAAGAUUUAUAAGAUUCGGAUAGGCCACGAUGGGACGGGCAUUGGGGAUGGCUGGUUCCUGGAAAGCGUCACUCUGAAGCGCCUGGCCACAAAAACAAAGGAGUCUGAUAAAAAGAAGAAGAAAAAGAAAUCUGAUGAGGAGGUAGAGGAGGAGACCAAGGAGGAAGAAGGAAUGGAUGUCUAUACAUUUGUGGCACAUCGCUGGCUGGCUAAGGAUGAAGGGGACAAGGAGCUCGUGGUGGAGCUGGUGCCUGACGGAGAAUCUGACCUGGAGGAAAAUACGUAUGAAGUCCGCAUUCUCACUGGGAUUGUGUGGGGGGCUGGGACAGAUGCUAAUGUCUUCUUGAGCAUCUAUGGCAUGGAAAGAGGAGACACGGGUGAGCGCCAGCUGAAAAGGUCAAAUAACCUCAACAAGUUUGAGAAAGGACAGGUAGACGUGUUCACCAUCAAAGCCAUUGACCUGGGCGAGCUGAAGAAGCUGCGGAUCCGCCACGAUAACUCUGGUGCAAGCCCCAGCUGGUUCCUGGAGAGGGUUGAGAUUAUUGACCUCAAAGAGAGCACCACGUAUUACUUUCCAUGUCAGAGGUGGCUGGCAGUCGAGGAGGACGACGGUCAGAUUGCCAGGGAGCUGGUCCCAGUGGAUGAAGCAUUUGUAAAGAAAGAUCCAGAAAAUGAUGGCCAGUCUCCUGCAACUUUGGGCCUGGAACAAAAAGCUAAAUCAACGACAUACACAGUGAAAGUGAAAACGGGGGACAAGAAGAAUGCUGGGACAGAUGCCAAUGUUUUCAUCAUACUCUAUGGAAGUAAAGAUGAUACGGGCAUAGUCAGCCUAAAGGCCUCAAAGAUUAACAAGAACAAAUUUGAGCGUGGGAAGGUAGAUGAGUUUACAGUGGAGUCCGUGGACAUUGGAGACCUGAAAAAAAUCAAGAUAGGCCAUGACAAUAAAGGUAAUUCAACUGGCUGGUUUCUGGAAUGGGUGGAGAUUGAUGCCCCAUCCCUGGGACAGUGCCUCAAGUUCCCUUGUGGCCGCUGGCUGGAUAAAUUGGAGGAUGAUGGAGCCGUUGAGAGAAUUAUCUUCCCUGCAGAACUGCAGACAGUAGAGUACAUCCCAUUUGUUCCUUACGAGAUCACGGUGUACACCAGUGAUAUUUUUGGAGCUGGCACGGAUGCAGAUGUCUUCAUUGUUCUUUAUGGAAGUGAUGGGAUUUGCACUCAGCAAAAAUCCCUGUGCCUCAACAAGAGAGAGCAAAGGAUGUAUUUUGAAAGGAAUUCAGUGAAUCAGUUCAUCGUGGAGCUGGAGGAUGUUGGUGACAUUAUUGAAAAGAUUCGCAUAGGACACAAUGGUGGAGGGGUGAACUCGGGGUGGCACUUGGACCGUGUGACGAUUCGGAGGCUGCUGCCAAACGGGAAGGGCUCAGAAACUAUCACAUUUCCAUGUGAAAGAUGGCUUGCAAAGUCUGAAGAUGAUGGUGAGACUGUCAGAGAGCUGGUGCCAUCUGAUAUUUUUACUGAAAAGCUCAUGAAGGAUGGGACACUCAAGCAGAUAGAGGAAGAAGUUGAAGAGCCCUUAGAAGUUCACACAUACAAGAUCAGCGUGUUCACUGGGGAUAUCUACGGUGCAGGGACAGAUGCUAAUGUCUUCCUAAAUAUCUAUGGAGACCUGGGGGACAUGGGAGAGAGAAAACUCAGUAAAUCCGAAACAAACUUCAACAAGUUUGAAAGAGGACAGGAGGACACGUUCACAAUACAGGCUGUGGACCUCGGCAUUCUGUACAAGAUCAAGAUUCGUCAUGACAACAGUAUGUUCAGUCCUGACUGGUUUCUGGAAAAAGUGGAGAUCCUGGAUGAAACCACAGAGGAGUCGUUCGUUUUCCUGUGCGAGCGCUGGCUCUCUAAAAAGAAAGAGGACAGAAAGAUAGAGCGCACGCUUUAUGAACAGAGCUACGAUGGCGAGCGGAACAGCCUGGAUGGCUCCUCUCUCAGCACGUCCAGCCAGGACAGCAAUGCCAACCUGAAGGAGCCCAAAAAAUCCAGCUUGGUCAAGGCAGCAGAGGAAGGCUCACUGAUCCCGUACCACAUCACCGUCGCCACAGGCACGGAGUACGACUCCAGCACCGACAGCCGCGUGUUCAUCAUCAUCAUGGGCCCGCAGAAAGUGCAGACCGAGAGGCUGUGGCUGGAUCUUCCAGAAGGAAAGGAUGAAUUUGCAGAUGGCUCUGUGGAGAAAUUUUCAGUUUGGGGCCUAGAUGUUGGGGAGAUCAAAAAAGUGGAGGUGGGGCACGAUGGCGCUACCCCUGAGAGCUGCUGGCUGAUGGAAGAGCUCACCAUCGUCGUGCCCACCAAAGGCGUCAUGUACAACUUUGUCUGCAAGUGCUGGCUGGCCAGAGACAAAGGUGAUGGGCUCACCUCACGGAUCCUCAACAUCCUGGAUGCAGAAUGUGUUAACAUUGGCAUCAAGAUCCUGUACGAAGUCACAGUUGUGACUGGAGACAUCGAAAGUGGCGGUACAGAUGCCAGUAUUUUCAUGACUGUCUUCGGAUCCAAUGGGAACACUGAGGAGAUGCUGCUGGAAAAAAAUGGAGACAGGUUUGAGCGGGGCCAGGAGGACAGUUUCAUCAUGGAGAUUGCCGACAUUGCACCCCUCAGGAAGAUGAGGAUCCGGACGGACGGGAAGGGGACGCGCCCGCACUGGUUCAUGGAAAGGAUCACCCUGAAGAAUCUUACUAAUCAAGAAGUGGCCACAUUUACCUAUGGGGAUUGGCUGUCCAAGCUAAAAAAUGCCAAGGGAAGCCUGGUGUGUGAGAUGCCAGCUGUCAUAAAUGACGAGCAGAUGAUGGAGGACACCACAUACACUCUUCAGGUUAAAACCAGUGACAUUGGAGGAGCAGGCACCGACGCCAACGUGUCCUUGAUCCUGUUCGGGGAGUAUGGGGACAGUGGUACCUUGCCUCUGAAGGAGUCCAACAAGUCUAACAAGUUUGAGAGGAACCAGAUGGAUGAAUUCAGCUUCUCUGAAAUGCUGAGCCUGGGAGACCUCUGUAAAGUGCGGAUCUGGCAUGACAACAAAGGAAUUGCCCCAGGCUGGCACCUGGAAUAUAUUGAUGUGACGGACUCUGCCAUGGACAAGACAUUUCGCUUCCAGUGUGAUCGCUGGCUGGCUAAAGGUGAAGACGACGGGCAGCUCAUCAGGGAACUGGCCUGUGCCAAUAAUGACAUCCUGGAGCUCAAGGAGAGGACUGCCUACGAGAUUGUCACAGUAACCAGCGACAGAGAGGAUGCAGAUACAAAGGAAAACAUCUGGAUCAUCCUAGAAGGGAAGAUGGGCCGCUCAAAGGAAUUCCUCAUGGAAAACUCUUCCAAGAAAAGGAGGUUUGAAAGGGGAGCAACAGACACAUUCCAAUUUUCUUCAAAGAAUGUUGGGGAUAUUGCAGCCAUCUGUGUUGGUCACUGCCCAAAAGAUGGGAAGAAGUCAUCUGCAAAAGCUGAUGUCUUCUGGCAUGUCCAGGAGAUUAUCGUGACAGAGAUGGAGCUUUGCAACAAGUACUUCUUCAGGUGCAACGUGAAAAUCCCUCUGCGAUACAAGAGGCGAGACUACAAAGUCUUCGAGUGUGCCAAGGUCACCGAGAGCUUCGCCAGCAAAGCCCGGAGCUUGGUGCCAGUCAAAUAUGAGACCAUCGUGGUGACAGGCUUCGAGAAGGGCGCGGGCACCGACGCCAACGUGUUCAUCACCAUCUACGGCCUGAACGGGGACUCGGGGAGGCGGGCGCUGAAGCAGAAGUUCAGGAACCUCUUUGAGCGAGGCAAAACCAGCAGGUUUUACCUGGAAACGCUGGACAUGGGGGAGCUGAAAAAGGUCCGGAUUGAGCACGACAACAGCGGGCUGGGUCCGGGCUGGCUGGUGGAGAGGGUGGAGAUCACCAACUCGGCCACUGGUGUCACCACCAUAUUUCCCUGUGGGAAGUGGCUGGAUGAAAACCGGGGGGAUGGGUUAAUCUGUAGGGACCUUUUUCCCAGGUACUGA